AUGUCAAAAGUACUAAUCGCGGAGGGACUCGGCUACAACUUAAUGAGCGUCAGUCAGCUAAUGGUGAAAGGGAUUCACCUCGAAGCAGACAGCACCACCCAAGAGUUCAAGCUGUAUCACGGGAGAGGAGGACUCUACAUCGGCAAGGCGGUCCUCAAGAACAACAACGAGGGCGUUAGCAACAAUUCAGACAACAUCAGCAGCAACAGAGACAACAUCGGCAGCAGCAGAGACAACAUCGGCAGCAGCAGAGACAACAUCGGCAGCAGCAAAGACAACAUCGGCAGCAGCAGAGACAACAUCGGCAGUAGCAGAGACAACAUCGGCAGUAGCAGAACCAUCAACACCAGCAGCAGGAACGUCAACACCAAUUGCUGGUCCUUCAACGACACCGCUCCUCAUCAACGACACACCACCAACACCCGCGCAACAACUACACCCAGCACCACGAGAAGUUCAUCGUAG